CUUUAUAAAUAUUCAAGGAAAACAUGCAGUAAAUAAGUUGUUAGUUUCUAGUAGAUAAUGUAAGGAGCGUCAAAUCAUGCAUAAUUUUGAAUAAAUGGAUAAUCAGACCUUUCAGAUCUUUACAGUGUUUUGGAUGGUUGUCUAAAUAUAGCCCAGGAGCUGAAGAGUUCCAUAGAAGGUGACUAACUGUAGAUGUGUCAUACAUGACUGGAAAGCAAGGCUUCAGAGCUGAGCUCUGGGUAUUUUUAUCCGGUGUGUGGGGUGUCGCACAUGCAUCACAGCUAUAAUGGACCUAUCACAUGGAUCAUUGGAAGCCAGAGAUGACUUAAAGGCUGCUGUGCCGGGGUUCUCAGGCAGCUGCUGUGCUUCUUGGAAAUGGAAGAUAAAGUGACUAGUCCAGAGAAAGCUGAAGAAGCAAAAUUAAAAGCAAGAUAUCCUCAUCUGGGACAAAAGCCUGGAGGUUCAGAUUUCUUAAGAAAACGAUUGCAGAAAGGGCAAAAAUAUUUUGAUUCUGGGGAUUACAACAUGGCAAAAGCAAAAAUGAAGAACAAGCAACUUCCUGCUGCAGCCCCGGAUAAAACGGAGGUCACUGGCGAUCACAUUCCCACUCCUCAGGACCUUCCUCAGCGGAAACCCUCCCUUGUUGCUAGCAAGCUGGCUGGCUGAUUAAAAGAGCUGAACUGCAUGAAUCUCCUGAUUCCCGUGUUUUCUCCUUACUGUAUCACCUAUCCACACCUUACUUCCUUUUGUUCUCUAAGUCAUUUGAAACUGACAGCUUUGCAGGUAGUGGUAGCUUUUGCUGCUAUUGUAAGGGAAUAUACAUGUGUAGAGUUUUUGAUUAGUUAAACAGUGCACUGAUGACAAAGACACGUUAGAGCAACAUAAUCUACUUGAAAAUAAUUGUAUAUAUUACCUAACUCCCAGUGUAGCACCCAACAAGUAACAAGUUUUACAGUUGUAACGGUUUGGCUUUACUUACUUCAUCUUAAGUACAGCUUUGUAUGUUACUCUAAUUUAACAUAACCUCUAUUGUAUUUCUUCUGUAUUUCCCUUUUGGAUUUUGUAAAACAGAAGUUUAAGACCACAAGUGGUAAGAAAAGUCAGAUAAUUCAAACACAAUUAGAUGGAUUUCGAAAGAUUUGUAUUUCUGUGCUUAAACUUGAACGGCCUUAAACCUGUUUCAGCUUUAACAGUAGAAUUUGACUUGGGCAAUAUUUGCCCAUUCUGUUGUUUCCUGUGUGACUCAGUGCUUAACAGCUGCCGUCGGAGCUAGUGUUCUAACACAGUCCUGUAAUGUUAGAAUCCCUUUUGUUGUUGAAGAUGUGAAUGACGUAUGCAUGUGCAUUGACUGUUGAAUUCACUUUUGUGCCAUUUUUUGUAAAUAUAAUAGUUUUGCACAACCUUU